AAAGGACUCGUUUUUAUUUUCUCAAGACUCAGAUAAAAAAUUUCACUUUUUUUUUUCCUUCUUUCUCCUGAGCCGAAUCUGAAAAUUUUUCUUGGAAAAUUCUUUCUUUCUUGAAUCGAAUUCGUAACUUUCUCAGUGGAUUUGUGUUCUGAUAUCUGACAAAGAAAAUUCAAGAGGACAAAAAAAAAGUGUCCGAAAGAAUAGUAUCGCUGCUUUGCUUGAAUCUUCUUUCAUCUUUAAAGCGGAGCUCUUGUCCAAGAGCGAAGGUUUUUCUCGAUUACUCGGUUUGUCUAGUCGCCGGAAGGAUUUUGUCCUCCGACGCCGUUGUUUCGGCUUCAAUGGCCAAGCGUGGUUAUAAGCUACAGGAAUUUUCGGCUCAUUCAGCCAAUGUAAACUGUCUAAAUAUUGGAAAAAAGGCGUGUCGACAUUUUGUCACCGGAGGAGAUGAUCACAAAGUUAAUGUUUGGGCAAUUGGCAAAUCAACGUCGUUAACUUGCCUAACCGGUCAUACGAGCCCUGUUGAGUCUGUUGCAUUUGAUUCAGCAGAAGUAUUAGUCCUUGGUGGAUCUUCUAGUGGUGUCAUAAAGCAAUGGGAUUUGGAAGAAUCAAAAAUGGUUCGCACGCUUUCUGGACACAGAUCGAAUUGUACUGCUGUUGAAUUUCAUCCAUUUGGCGAGUUCUUUGCAUCUGGUUCCAUGGAUACUAAUCUCAGGGUUUGGGACAUUAGAAAGAAAGGAUGUAUUCACACGUACAGGGGUCAUACUAAAGGCAUCAGCACCAUUAAAUUCACUCCUGAUGGGCGGUGGGUAGUUUCUGGUGGGCUUGAUAAUGUCGUAAAGGUGUGGGAUCUUACUGCUGGAAAGCUCUUGCAUGAUUUUAAGUUCCAUGAAGGACCGGUUCGGUCCAUAGAUUUUCAUCCUCUGGAAUUUCUUCUGGCCACAGGUUCAGCAGACAGAACUGUCAAAUUCUGGGAUUUGGAAACCUUUGAACUGAUUGGAUCUACCAGACCCGAGGCAACAGGAGUCCGCGUGAUUGGCUUUCACCCAGAUGGUAGGACUUUGUUUUCUGGACUAGAAGAUAGUUUGAAGGUUUAUUCAUGGGAGCCUGUACUUUGCCAUGACACUGUUGAUAUGGGAUGGUCAACCCUUGGCGACUUUUGCAUUCAUGAAGGGAAGCUGUUGGGAUGCUCAUACUACCAAAAUUCUGUUGGAGUAUGGGUAGCAGAUAUAUCACAUAUUGAACCAUAUGGAGAUGUUUCUCAAAAUGAUUGCACAGAGAAGAAGCUUAAUCUUAAACUUCAAGGGAGCUCGGAGAGAGUGGGGACCGCAGUAAGGACUUCAAGUUUGCGAUCUAGGUCUCCUGAUUAUGAGACAAAGGAAAUAAAGAACAUAUAUGUGGACUCUGCUGGAGGAAAGCCUGUUGCUCGGCCAAAAAUUGAGUCUUUAACUCCUCCAAAAGAGACACCCCAUUUGGAUACAAAGGAAACUAAUGAUCAGGUGACAAAGAAGCCAAGUCAAGCAGAAGUGUCUCCGAAAACAAAUGAGCGCGCAGUUAAUAAAUCUUUGUUUGCGACAAGCAUUGUACCUCGCCACAGUCCUGACGGCAAAGACUCGGCCAACUCUACAGGCGAAUCUAUUACCUUUUCACGGACUAAACGUGGUAUGUUGCUUAGACCAGCUCAUGUAAGAAGACCGUCGAACAGCAGAUUUGAUGUGGAAAGGUUGCCUGUGGCUACUAUUGAGUCUACACCUCUUGGCAAAAUAAUGAAUAAGUUAGAUGGAGCAGUGGACUCGAACUUUGAAACAAAAACUGUAAUAGAAGAUAGAGUGGGAGAACGCGACGAGGAAAAGCCUUCUGCUAUCGUGUGUGUAACAGAAAAGCUUGAAAAAGUUCUAUCUCCUCCAACACCCUCUAGUCAGGAAACAACUCAAACAAGCAAUAAGGCCCUGAAUUGCAGCAAGGAUAACCCUGUCAAGUUUGUCAAUGGAGUUGCAGUUGUUCCGGGAAGAACUCGAACCCUGGUUGAGAGAUUUGAAAAAAGAGAGAAAAUUAACACUAAUGAAGAUCAAGCUGGCGGUGCAACUAUUUGUGCAGUUCCUGAAAUAGAUAAAACACCUCCCGUGAAGCAGAAAGAAGAACCCCAAAUUCCUACCAAGGAUAUCGUCUCUGCAGAUGUUAGGGAUGGUACUGAAGACCUGAUGCAAACUCAUGAUGUAUUCUUGAGUACUCUUCGUUCUCGCUUGACAAAAUUACAGGUGGUGCGGCAUUUUUGGGAACGAAAAGAUAUUAAAGGUGCUAUUAAUGCUAUGAGGAAGCUACCAGAUCAUUCUGUACAAGCAGAUGUAAUCAAUGUUCUCAUAGAGAAAAUGGAUAUUGUUACCCUAGAUCUGUUUUCUUGCUUGCUUCCGGUGCUUCUUGGCUUACUUGAUAGCAAAACAGAAAGGCACACUACACUUUCAUUGGAGAUACUAAUUAAGCUUGUAGCAGUCUUUGGUCCAGUGAUAUGCUCAGCCAUUUCAACACCGCGAGCAGUUGGAGUUGAUCUGCAUGCAGAGCAAAGGGUGGAAUGCUGCAAGCAAUGUUCUAUCCAUCUGCAACAGAUCUUGAAGAUUCUUCCAUCCCUUGUGAGUAAGGGUGGUUUGGUGGCCAGAAGUGCUCAGGAGUUGAAUCUAGUUCUUCAAGCAUAAUCAACACCUCACAGUGCCUGCUGGAAGCAAAAUGGGUGGGGUGGUUUGGCCCCGGCAUCCGAUGACAGAGCAGCAUGAACGAGACAAGCAGGCUCAGGUCAAGUUGAUGUUUUCUCACAUUUCACAAUUUUGGUCAUAAUUUCCCAUCUCUUACUGUCAUCUUCUUCGGCUAUUAUUAUUGUGAUUUUUAUCUGAGAGAUACAGCUUGAGAGUUACUGCGAGGCAAGGCUUAGAAACCGAAUGUACUAGGCAGAUGCCAUCGUGAAGAAGAGAAGAGCCGUCACUCAGUGCUGUGAGAUCUCCUAAUUUUGAUUCUUUGACUUUGGAGAUUGUUAAUUUGUAUGUAAUGUUCAUCAAUCCAGUACAUAUUUUGUAUACUGCAUUGCUCUUUUUAAAUGGUAUAUAAUAUAUAUAUAAGAAAGAAAAUUUAUAUUUUCUUCAAA